AUGGGCGUUAUAAUGCCGAAAUACACGAGUGCGAUGAAAAAUGCACCGAAGACAACGUCUAUACGAUGUCACUCGGCCGCAAUGCAGCUGGACUGCAAAACGACACGCGAAUCUAGCACGUAUGCACAUAACAUCAAGGUCCACGCUAUCCCGGCGCGGCGGCAUCGCAAUGUUUGGCGCCAGUUUACGAAAUCGGCCUGGAUUAAUCGCCGGACACACGGAGAGUUGUCCGAGCUCGCAAUAAAUCCACCGUGCCCGCCGAUAAGGAGGUUUUAUCCGCGAACUGUUAGAAAUCGCGGCCCGCGGCUGAGCCACGCCGAUUUGUCGCCGCGCCGAGGUGCAGUGCUCAUAUUAAUUCCCAUUAUUUCGGGACCAUUACGUCGACGAGUCGACGAGAUAACGACGCGACGGACAAAUAUAACGGACGGUGCAGGGCGCGCGGCGGGAGGCGCCACGUCGGGCCGCGGGCUGGCUGGCUGGCUCGCGCUGCGGUCGACGCUAAUUGAGCCACUCGGUGGUGUGCUAAGCCAG